AUGGCCACACCUAUGCCACUCACAGCGCUGUUGGCCAUGGCAGUUUACCAAGGCAAGUAGCUUGGGAACACAAAGUGGCACAAUGGGCUGGAGCGUGAUAAUGAAUGCUCAGCUCUGGUAGUGCCCGAUCUUUCAUGCAACGUUUGAAAUACAAACAUGACUAAUGUAAGAGCAAAUGUGCCAGAUAGCUCUGUAAACAAGAAGGGAUUACAAAAUUGCUUCAAUGUUUCCUCUGUACAAGAACAAUGCCUUAUUCUAGCCAAUCAGGCAUGUUAUCUGACACUUGCUCUCGGUGAUCUCUCUGAUUAAUCAAUUUGUUUUUUAUUUCAUAUCUGCAGUGCAACUCCAAGCCCUGCCCCUGUUAGGAGUCUUAGCACGGCCAACUUAGUUGAAAAGGGUGCCGUCGUAUUGCCAGAACCAGAUUAUUUGGAGACAGUCAGCAAUUCCUCAAACCAAGGGACAACUUCCUACACCGUACCACUUGCCAAAGAACCUGCCCCCGUGGCAACUAAUGGAUCCCCUGUAAGUAAUCAUUGUGAUUGUGGACUGGUAUGAUUUCAAUUUGUAUUAAUAAACGAGAAAAUAAACAGUUUAUUGAGAUUGAUCUCAACAUGUAUUUAAAAAUUAUAGUCACCACAACAACUUUAGCUUAAAGGGACACUGUGAAUAUAAUAAUUCCCUUCAGGCUUUUUGCAGUAAACACUGUGUUUUCAGGGAAAAGGCAGUGUUUGAAUUACAGCAUAGGGAUACCUUCACUGGCCACUCCUCAGAUGGCUAAUAGAGCUGCUUCCCGAGGCAGUGCUGCACAGUGUGACUGCCAUUCAGUGUCUCCAUCCUCUGCAUUCAGACACUGAACUUUCCUCUUAGAGAUGCAUUGAUUCAAUUCAUCUCUAUGAGGAGAUGCUGAUUGGCCAGGGCUGUGUUUGGCUUGUGCUGGCUCUGCCCCUGAUCUGCCUCUUUGACAAGCUCAGCCAAUUCAAUGCUUUCCUACUGGAAAGCAUUGUGAUUUCUCAGAUCAACAUGUCUGAUGUCAACUAAGCAGGCAGAUCAGUGGCAGAACGAGCAACAGCAGACUGGAGUAAAGGUAAGAUUUGACUAUACUUAGGAGGGUAAAGGGGGCUAGAUGGUGGGUUUUAACACUAUAGGGUCAGGAAUACAUGUUUUUGUUCCUGACCCUAUAGUGUUCCUUUAAUUAAGCAGUUUUGUUGUAUAAAUAAUGCCCCUGCAGUCUCACUGCUAAAUUAUCUGCCAUAGAAAUAUAGAAGAAGAAUAUAACGUAUGGCUGUUAUGUAUGACUAUACGAUUUACAUUGUAUAUUUUACUGCUGUUAUUCAUGAGAUAGGCCAUGUAUAUCAAUAAACCAUGAAAAGGGGGAAAAAAGAAUAUAUCAAUGCUGCAUACUAGCCGAUUGCCGCCUCUCUUUUCCACAGGUUAUGUUGCAAGAGCCAGAACAAGUCUUGAGACACAGUAACCUCUGGCAUUUACCAGAUCAGAGAUCGGACUGUUAUCCAACUAUUAUCUAAUCCAUUUGUCCUUUAAAUAGAAAAUGCUGCUCCUGAUAGGGCAACUAAGGUUUACAACCGAGUUGUUAUUGUGAAACUAAGGAAAGUUGUUAAUGGAAAAAUGAACUUUGUGUAGGAUAAUAAAUACUUGAAAUUAAAUCCUACAGAUAAGUUUUUCAGAGUAAUGUGCAUCACUGCAGUGUACUCAUGGCACUGGUGUACAUUAUGCCUUCUAAGGAGAAAAAAAAUAUUGUGCACAAAUCAGUUGCAACUGGUACUUACUAGUCAAAUAUCUUUUAAUUUGCACCCAAACAAAUUGUUUAUUUUUUUUUUUUUGUGUGGGAUCUUUACUGCUGCCCCAAUCACAUAGUUGAAAUUAAAGAAGAAUUUCACUUUUCGACACAACCGUGAUCUUGGGCAUAUUGAUUUCUGGGGCAAAUUUAUUUAAAUGUAUCGAGUGGGGAGACUGGAACUCCAUCCUGUAGAAACCGGGCCGGAUUAAGAUAGGGGCUGAUGGAGCUGCAGCUCCAGACCCAUGCCCAUGGAAUAGGCUAAAAGUAAAUUUAAAUAUUAUUUUUUUUUUUUUACUGCUCUUCACUUGUGGAUGUAGGGAAACAAAACUUGUGUGGACUGGCUGACAAUGAAAUUAGUUAAUGUAAAGCUGACUUUGCGCACUCUGCAAAUGCUCUUACUGCUUCAGUUUCUCUAACUCUUUGGCGUGUUCCCUUUCUUCUACACUCACUUCAUACACCUUUUCUCUGUCCCAGCCUGUAUAACAGGAGCUUCUGACUGCUGCUAAGCAGAUAAGAAGAGGAGUGACCAAAAGAGUGCUAGGGGACAGUCCUUAGGGAGCGUGGAGGGAGCGCAUCAUUGGAAGCAUUUAUGCCAAGCUCAGGGUGCUGUCUGCAUAGUAUUUCCUUAGUUGGCCAGCAUGCAUAAUUGGCAGGCAGCUUGACAUUCAUUCAUGCCAGGCUGACCAUCUAAUUCCUCGGGCAGAUUUUUUUUUGGGCAGUUCUGGUUAUGUGAUUUGCGUCAGUGGCCCACCCUUUUACCCCACCCACUGAAAUCCUGCUUUUAGUGGGUAUGAAUUUACUUGAAAGAUGAAAGUCAGACAUUAGCAUAGGGUAUGCGUUUUCUUACAGAUAUAUUCUGUGAGUUUACCUCCAGCACCAAAUCCACCAGAUACAUGACGAUCGGGAGGUAUGACUGUUUUAGUGUUUUCUGUCAAUACGAUUCUAUAAUUAGGCCCAUCAUAAUUGUCCAAUGGGCUCUUAAUAUGGCCCUGUGUUGAAAAACGAUAUACUAGCCUAAUGGAGAUCCCUCGCAUUUUUACUAAGAUUCAAGUUUGAUUGCUUGGGAUUUUUUUUAUUAAAAAAAAAAAAAAAAAAAAAAGUUGAAUCGAAGUUGACAAGUUAUCAUUGACCAAUUCUAGCAGACUUAUUGAUAUAACCUGUCACUGCCAUCCCAGUUGGACAGUAUUUAAAUCUGUAAUACUUGUUAGUUUCCAAGUUACCAAUGCAGCCUAGAAGAGGACAGUCUGGGGUUAAAUGUGUAAAUAUUGUUUUAUUGAGGUAAAUAGAUUACGUAGUAAGCGCUACAUAUGAAGUUAAACAAUAUUAAGAAAAACUUAUUUGCUCAAGAGAAAUAUUGCCAGACAAUGCCAAUUAUGACUAAGUUUCAACAGAGACACACACACCUCAGUUUUUGUAAAUGGUAAUACACACUAUGGAGGAGACUGAUAGACAACUACUGGAGUAUCUGUGUGUGAGAGAUUUGUAAAACUCCGAGAUCGCCAGGUGUGACAAAAUAAAAGAAAAGGGUUAAAAAACAAACAAACAUACACAACCAAAUCGGUAUUAACUUGGGUUGGGACCACCUCUGUGUUGAUCUUUAUAUAACAUUAAGUCAUCCCAUGCUCUGUUCAAGGAACAAGCUUUCAGUGAGACAAGCUUUAUAAGCCAAUAUGAGUGAAGAGAGUUGCUGGGCAACACGCUUUGCAUUGUUGGUAUUACUCUGUGUUGCACCGCCCUCUAGACUGUCCUCCACUCUACCUCUUUUCUUCCUUGUUUUUCCCUGCUUGGGACACAUUCCCAAGCAUAGCAAAUCUUUUCAGUGACAUUGGCACGCUAACUUCGUCGCCAGUGUCGUAACAGAGUGACCUCAUGUCCCUUCUUCCUAUACUCCCUAGGUUCCAUAGCAACUGCAGCACAUGCACUGUGGUUGCUAUUGAUGAAGAGCAGAGGGAUCUAUUGGCUAGGAGAAAAAUCUAAUUUUAAAUGGGGUUUACUCCUAAUCUGUAGCUACACUGCUAGCCAAAUAUAUAGAUAAAAUCCUAUGCUCUAUCUAAUGAGCUAAGUUACUUGGAGCAUGACAUUUGCCCUUUAAAGGACCACUAUAGGCACCCAGACCACUUCAGCUUAAUGAGGUGCCUGGUCCAUCUAGGGUUAACCCUUUUUUCUAUAAACAUAGCAGUUUCAGAGAAACUGUUAUGUUUAUGUUAGGGUUAAUCCAGCCUCUAGUGGCUGUCUCAUUGACAGCCGCUAGAGGGCUUCCGCAUUUCUCACUGUGAAAAUCACAGUGAGAAGAUGCCAGCGUCCGUAGGAAAGCAUUGUGAAUGGACUGGCUGAAUGUGCUUGCGGCUCCUGCCGCGCAUGCGCAUUCAGCCGAAGAGGAGGAGGAGAGCUCCCCGCCCGGCGCUGGAGAAAGAGGUAAGUUUAACCCCUUCCUCCCCCAGAGCCCGGCGGGAGGGGGACCCUGAGGGUGGGGGCACCCUCAGGGCACUAUAGUGCCAGGAAAAUUAGUAUGUUUUCCUGGUACUAUAGUGGUCCUUUAAUACUGAAAUGAAUUUCAUUAUUUGUAUCUCGCAAAAAAUAAUUCCUAUAAAAUCAGUCUUACACAUGCCAAAUAGAGAUGUCGCGAGAUGAAGCUCAACAUGGAUGCUGUCCAGGAGGUGGGAGGGUCUGCUGGAGAUUGGCCGGGAUGUGUCAGCUGACCGGAGUUCGCCGCGAACGGUUCGUGGCGAGCCGUUCACAGGAAGUUCGCGAACGGUUCGCGCCAUCUCUAAUGCCAAAUUUUCAAAGAUGUUGGAUUUGCACCUGUAACCACAAGCAAACAAUAAUGUGAUCGUACAUUGUACUUCCAUUUUAUUGGUAAGUUCAAUUGUACGGUCAGCUUGCCCUGUACUUGACCAAAAUAUACAAUAUACCAAGGGAAAAACAAAACAAGAGGCACAGUGAGAUAUUCAUAUGAUCAUGCUUCUGUUCAUCGCUAGUUUUGUUUUUUUAUUUUCUCAUUUAAUUUUCUAAGGGAGUUUUGCUAUUUAAAUAUAUUAUUGUGUAUUAUUUAAAUAUAAUCACUUCCCAGGAUUUUUUGAUAAUUUUUGAAAAAGAAAAUUAUAUGUAGCAACCUAUAUCUAUUUUUAUUCUAAGUGGAUGUCUCCAUCGAGGCUCCCUGUCCCUUCCACCUGGCACCUGGUACUCCGCAUAGAGAAAAUAAACACAUAAGAGGAUAAAUUAAGCAAGGUUUUCAUUUUUUCUGGCUUACAGUAUUUGAACUGUGUGCAAAAAAAAGCUUGCUGAAGUGCUUUAUGUCUAAAGAAUGUAUUAUUAUUAUUAUUUUAUUUUUUACAAAAAGUACAGAUUUAAUUUGAAAUUAACAGUUUUAUAAAUUAAUCUAGUUACACUCUCCUGGCUUCCAAUAAGACACCCAGUCCUGUUACUUUCUGGUUUGGUUAGCUCAGUGGAGCUAAACUCAAGAGGCAGCAAUUGCACAGAGCACCUGCCUUGCAAAGAAUUCUCAUUGAGCUGCAUUGGAAAGUGUGAUUGGACAGCCACAGAAAGUCUGGGCGGAGUUAGAAGGGGAGGGCUUGUAAAGGCUUCAGACAAAAGACCUACAGCUUUUGCAAACUGUUUAAAGAUAUACCCCAAUGAAAAAAAAAUACAUAAUUAAAUGCACGCAAGUUUUAAUUGGGCUAUAUCUACUAAACAGUGACUUUUAUUUUAUUUUUUGCUUUAACACCUGAGCUUUUGUGAUACACCCCAUGUUUAUAGUCCUACCAUAUUACUUGUUACAGUGUAGGAAAGAGAUCUAACCAGUAUGUUUGGAAUAAACUUCUCUACUCUUUGUUUUCCGGAACGCCCUUCAGAAUCUUGCACAGGUUUUAAAAUGUCGAUUUCUUCUCCUCCUAUUUGUUCUCUACCUUACCAUAACAUUUCAGUCCUGUUUGCUCAACAUGGUGCAUUGCUGCCACCACCUGGCCAAAUAACAUUAAUACAAGUAAAGCAUGGCAAUCUUGGCAUAGUUAAUAUGUAAGAAUCUAACAUUUCUACAUUUUUCAUCAACAAAGCAAAACGGUAGGACUUUUAGGUAGAAAACUUAUAAACUGAUAUUACCUUUCAUUCUAUUAUAGAAACCUGCUGCAAAUGGCUUAAUGAAGCAUCCAUUCUUAAGGUAAGUUCUGGCUGAUACAGUUCUGGUGAAGCUUUUGAAGCAUAACACCGUUGUGUAGUGUCUUUGCUAGCCAACAGCUCUUGGUUAAUAAUGAAUUUUAGUAAUCUCAUAUGACCUGCUUUAGUAUCACUUGGUUCUUUUAUUCAAUCUGUCCCCUUUGCAUCGUUAUCAGCACUAGUUGAGUUAAAGUUCCACUAAGAGAAAAAUGCCUUUGUUUAUGAAAUAAUUUAAUACAAUCCAUAAUGAAGACUAGCUGUGUUAUUGGGGGAGGAGGACCUAGGAAUUUUAGCUUAUUGCUCUUUCAGAUAUUCAUGUACAUUUGUUGCUUGAAGUUGACCUUUAAUCCCUUGAGUGCCAAUCACACUCCCUUGCAUGGUUAGCAAAGUUGGUUUUAAAGGCCAAUCGUGUUAAAGACAUGUGGUUGGAUUUUGUCCCCUGUAUAAUGUUUACAUAGUGUUAAAAAUUGGUCUUUAAUGAAGACAAUUCUCUAUACUACAUGGCUGUUCCCAACCUUACCCUGCUACACAAUAGUACCGAUGGCUGCAAAGUGCUCAUGCAUCAUCUGAUUAUUCUUAUUCUUAUUAUUAUUUAUAAAAGCACCAGCAAUUCAGCUGUGCUGUACAACUGGUGGACGAACAAACAAGUAAUUGUAACAGACCAGUUGGACGCACAAGAACAGAGGGGUUGAGCAUCUGCCUCCGCAUUCAGCCGGUCUUUUAGGAAAGCAUUCAUAAUGCUUUCCUAUGGACGCUUGCGUGUUCUCACUGUGAUUUUCACAGUGAGAAGCACACAAGCGCCUCUAGCGGCUGUCAAUGAGACAGCCACUAGAGGAUUUGGAGGCUGGAUUAACCCUAACCCUAACAUAAACAUAGCAGUUUCUCUGAAACUGCUAUGUUUAUUAAAAAAGGGUUAAUCCUAGAGGGACCUGGCACCCAGACCACUUCAUUAAGCUGAAGUGGUCUGGGUACCUAGGGUUGGCCUUUAAUAUCUUUAACUACUCAGUGUUAAACUAAACUGCAAACUUCCAGCAAACACCACGCAUUCAUAGCCAUUGACGCAUCUUGCUUCAACAUGUUCGUUACCUUUACUUUUUCAAAAAUGUGCAUAGUAUUUCUAAUGCCAUGUUACCAAUUGUUAAUGUAUGGUCACUCAUUGCUAUUGACCUAACUGUUAACUCAUGCACGAAUAAAAUAAAGAAUAAAAAAAAAAAUCUAAAUUUUCUUGCCACAACUAUGUCACUGGGCUGCAUCCUUGCUGAGUAUUUUCAUUCAAUUCUUAUAAUUGCAUGGAAUGCGGAGUUAAAAAAAAAUAAUAAUUUAGUCCAUAUCGCUGGGGUCACCCCCAGGUUGGCCUGGGGGAUUGAGGGGACAGUUAAUGCGCACAUGACCCUAUCUGUCACAACAUUAAUACAAUAAUCUUUCAUCAUAUUCUGGAAGAUUCAUAGCUAGGGGUGUUUUUUUUUUGGAAUGCGGAGUUAAAAAAAAAAAAUAAUUUAGUCCAUAUCGCUGGGGUCACCCCCAGGUUGGCCUGGGGGAUUGAGGGGACAGUUAAUGCGCACAUGACCCUAUCUGUCACAACAUUAAUACAAUAAUCUUUCAUCAUAUUCUUGUUUACUUUUGAGCUUUUUUUUUUUUUUAAUAUAAAUAAUUUUAUUUUAUUUUUAUUUUUUUUACAGCGGAGAAAAUCCAUUUGCUACUGUAACACUUCGGCCAACUGUGACAAACGACCGCUCAGCACCAAUCGUUCGCCGAUGA